GAUUAACACACGCGCUGCGCUCUCUCAACCGCCUACAACAAAAAAGAACCAACAAGCCGCUCUCUCGUUUUACCACGCACGCCCGCACAUCACUGUCACCCCCAUACAGACCCCCACCAUAGAUACGCGAUUGCUAGUGCGCACUGCUGCCUGCACUGCCACCCCGCCACCGCCUCCCCCUCUCUCCACAUUGAGCCGCCCACACACCCACACCCGCACACACACGCCGUCGCAGGGACAGAAUGUCUGGGAAGCCGACCACUGCCACCGGUGCCGUCGUUGGCGCGAAGCGUCCGCGCUCGGAGGAGCAAGCGACGACGGAGCCGACGCGGAUGUCUGACGAGGCGGCUGCGGACCAGUCGCGUUCGGAGGAACUGCUGAUGAAGCCGCUGUCGUGCGGUGCUUCGGUGCUGCCCGCGGACACGGCCGUGGAGGGGCCGGACGCGAUGGACGAACCGCUGCAGCGCGAGAACCCGUUCCGCUUCGUGCUGUUCCCGAUCGUGUACCACGACAUCUGGCGCAAGUACAAGGAGCAGGAGAGCUGUAUCUGGACGCUGGAGGAGAUCGACCUGGGCAACGACAUGCACGACUGGGUGAAGCUGAACGACGGGGAGCGGCACUUCAUCAAGCACGUGCUGGCGUUCUUUGCGGGGAGCGACGGGAUCGUGAUCGAGAACCUGGCGGAGCGCUUCAUGAGCGACGUGAAGGUGCCGGAGGCUCGCGCGUUCUACGGGUUCCAGCUGAUGAUGGAGAACAUCCACUCGGAGACGUACUCGGUGCUGCUGGACACGUACAUCACGGACAGCGAGGAGAAGCUGCGGCUGCUGCACGCGAUCCAGACGAUCCCGUGCAUUCAGAAGAAGGCGGAGUGGGCCGUGCGGUGGAUCGGGAGCGGCGCGAGCUUCCAGGAGCGGCUGAUCGGGUUCGCUGCGGUGGAGGGCAUCUUCUUCUCGGGGUCGUUCUGCGCGCUGUUCUGGCUGAAGAAGCGCGGCCUGAUGCCGGGGCUGACGUUCAGCAACGAGCUGAUUUCGCGCGACGAGGGCCUGCACACGGACUUCGCGUGCCUGCUGUACAACUCGCACAUCAAGCACAAGCUGCCGCGCGCGCGCGUGCUGGAGAUCAUCGUGGACGCGGUGAACAUCGAGCGCGAGUUCAUCUGUGACGCGCUGCCCGUGCGGCUGAUCGGCAUGAACGCGGACCUGAUGGCGCAGUACAUCGAGUUCGUGGCGGACCGGCUGCUGGUGUCGCUGGGGAUGGAGAAGCACUACAACGUGUCGCAGCCCUUCGACUUCAUGGAGAUGAUCUCGCUGCAGGGCAAGACGAACUUCUUCGAGAAGAAGGUUGGUGAGUACCAGAAGGCCGGCGUGAUGAGCACGGAGGGCACGACGAAGAAGUUCUCGCUUGCGGAGGACUUCUAA